AGAAAAACCCUUUGUUCAGGUGCUCACAAGGUCACUAUAUAAUUCAUCGAAUCCAAUCAUUGCUGCUAGCUUAGAGGUUGGAAACUGCAGAUUGUUGUUUUGAGAGCAAUGCCGGUAAGACCAAGUAACACGAGGAAGAAAUGGUACAAGACUGGAGUAGUGGAUGCGGAGGAGGCACGGAGGAGGAGAGAGGACAGUUUGGUGGAGAUAAGGAAGAGCAAGAGAGAAGAAAGUCUCCUGAAGAAACGGAGAGAUGGGCAUUUUUUCCUCGAUCAGAAUCUGUAUCAGCUGCAGUUCAGUGAGCUUCCCACUGCAAUUUUGGAAAGCCUUCCUUCGAUGGUAGAAGGAGUAUUAUCUGAUAAUUCAGCAUUGCAAUUGGAAGCUACCACUCUAUUUCGAAAACUAUUAUCAAUUGAGAGAUGCUCUCCCAUCGAGCAGGUGAUCCAAGCAGGCAUUGUUCCUCGAUUUGUGGAGUUUCUUGACAAUCAUGAUCAGCCUCAGUUACAGUUUGAGGCAGCAUGGGCAUUGACUAAUAUUGCAUCUGGUACAUCUGAGCACACCCAUGUUGUUAUGGAACAUGGUGCUGUACCCAAAUUUGUGCAACUUCUUGUCUCUCCAAGUACUGAUGUUCGAGAGCAGGCUGUUUGGGCAUUGGGAAAUGUUGCUGGUGAUUCACCAAAGUCUAGAGAUAUUGUUCUUAGUCAUGGUGGACUAAUUCCAUUACUGGCACAGUUAAAUGAACAUUCUAAACUCUCUCUCCUAAGGAAUGCCACCUGGGCUUUAUUGAACUUCUGCCGUGGCAAGCCACCAGCACCCUUUGACCAGGUGAAGCCUGCCUUGCAAACCUUGCAGCGCCUGAUUCAAUUGAGUGAUGAAGAAAUCCUGACAGAUGCUUGCUGGGCCCUCUCCUAUCUUUCGGAUGGUACAAAUGAUAAGAUUCAGGCUGUGAUCCAGGCAGGCAUCUGUCCACGACUGGUGGAGCUUCUUCAUCAUCCCUCACAGAAUGUGCUUGUCCCUGCACUUCGGACUAUAGGGAACAUUGUUACCGGUGAUGAUUCUCAGACUCAGGUUGUAAUUGACAACCAAGGUCUCCCUUGUCUCUACGAAUUCCUCUCCCAGAACUACAAAAAGAGUAUCAAGAAAGAGGCCUGCUGGACAAUUUCAAACAUCACUGCUGGAAAUAGAAGUCAAAUACAGGCUGUUAUUGAAGCAAACAUAAUUAGUCCUCUUGUUCACCUGCUUCAACAUGCUGAAUUCGAGAUCAAGAAAGAGGCCGCUUGGGCGAUUUCUAAUGCUUCCUCUGUCGGGUCCCGAGAACAGAUUCAAUAUUUGGUGAAACGAGGUUGUAUCAAGCCACUAUGUGACCUACUAGUCUGUCCUGACCCCAGGAUUUUGACAGUAUGCCUCGAAGCUCUAGAGAAUAUUCUAAAGAUCGGUGAGGCUGACAAAGAAUCAGGCAACAGUGCGGUCAACAUCUAUACCGAAAUGAUUGAUGAAUGUAAUGGAUUGGACAAAAUCGAGAAUCUACAGAGCCAUGGCAACAAUGAGAUCUACAAGAAGGCAGUGACGAUUUUAGAGAGGUAUUGGUUGGAGGAAGAAGACGACGACGACUCUGGUAACUCAGGUUUUUCUUUCGGAGGUAACCAGUCCAACCCUCCCUUAGGGGGUUUCGACUUUCGUUGAAAACCUUUGCAAAGAAAGUUCUGCCAAUGUUGAUGAAGUUUGGCAGGUUGGGAAGUAGUUUUGUGUGGGUUUUGUGUAGUCACGACGUUGACACUUUCUUGACAUAAAAAUUUGUCUCC